AUGCCGCGGAUCUCUUCAGUGAGUACAGCAAUCUAUGACAUCGAUUCGACGUUUCUGACGUCCUGGCCACUGUUUCGUUGAAUCGCUCAGAAUUCUGGCGGUCGCUCGACACGAUUUCGUUGUCGCUGCUUCCUCCACGCGUGUGACUUGAAGAGGGGCGGUCGUGCCAUCGCGAGGUCAACGAUUCACAACCACCGCAAAGAAGACGUCGAGUACUACGAGGGAUUGCUCAGGCGCGGUGCACCCGUUCCCCACGAGCUCGAGCGGGCCAUCGCAUGGUCGAAAACCCGACCCGAACCCAUCGACCUGUUCAAGAAGACUCAACCGGCGGGCCAGCCCGAACCGAACGCGGCGCCGAACGUCGAGGCACUUCCACAGCGUGAGCGUGUCGUGUCAACCUCCAAGCCAGAGGAUAGGGAAUUUGAGGAGCGCCAAGACAAAAAACCGACCUCCAGAAUGGAAAUUAUUCUCUCGGCUACGCACGACGAGCUUCUCCAUAAUCCCGUGUACCACAACGUUGAGGUUGAUCUCUGCAACGCCUACCGCCGGCUCAACGAGCAGCUCAUGACCAGGAUCCCAGCAGCGAAUCGCGAUACUUCGAGCUCUGGAUCGAACCCUCCACGCCAAACACAAGAGCAACCCCCCACCACUCUGUUGUCGCAUGUCCAACGGCCUGCCGCCAAGAGGCCGUCGCGACUCUGA